AUGGCCGCCGGGCUCCUACGUCAUUCGGUCGCGCAGAGUUGGCCGUUGCUAUACAGUUGCUGGGAGGAGGCGACAAGUGGGGUAGGCGGCAAAGAUCAUGCAGGACAGCGAGAGGUUUCCUGGGCAGCAGAGGCCGCUGGGCUGGCGAUGAAAGAAGCAGGGCAGAUGCAAAAUCUGGAGAACGAGGGGGCCGGACGGUCAGUCAGCACCCAGACUGGCAGCAUGACCGGUGAAAUACCAAGGCUUUCUAAAGUCAACCUUUUCACUCUGCUGAGUCUCUGGAUGGAGCUCUUCCCAUCAGUCAAAAGUCAAAGACAAAAGUGUCAGGAAAGGGAGGAAGGAAAGCAUGGACCCUUCGGAGAUAAUGAAGAGAUGGCCAGAGUAUCUACUGACAAAAAACAGGUGAAGAGAACUGGUCUUGUGGUGGUGAAAAACAUGAAAAUUGUUGGUCUCCACUGUUCAAGUGAAGAUUUACAUGCUGGGAAAAUCGCUCUGAUAAAACAUGGGUCAAGGUUGAAAAACUGUGAUCUUUAUUUUUCCAGAAAACCAUGUUCUGCUUGUUUGAAAAUGAUUGUAAAUGCUGGAGUUAACCGAAUUUCAUAUUGGCCUGCUGAUCCAGAAAUAAGCUUGCUUACUGAGGCUUCUAGUUCUGAAGAUGCAAAGUUAGAUGCCAAAGCAGUGGAAAGAUUGAAGUCAAACAGUCGGGCCCAUGUGUGUGUCUUACUUCAGCCUUUGGUGUGUUAUAUGGUGCAGUUUGUAGAGGAGACCUCUUACAAAUGUGACUUUAUUCAAAAAAUUUCAAAAACAUUGCUGGACACUACCACUGACUUUUAUUCUGAAUGUAAACAAGAAAGAAUAAAAGAAUAUGAAAUGAUAUUUUUGGUUUCCGGAGAAGAAAUGCAUAAGCAAAUACUGAUGACUAUAGGUUUGGAGAACCUGUGUGAAAAUCCGUACUUUAGCAAUCUAAGACAAAACAUGAAAGACCUUAUCCUACUUUUGGCCACAGUAGCUUCCAGUGUGCCCAACUUUAAACACUACGGAUUUUAUUGUAGCAAUACCGAACAGAUUAAUGAAAUUCACAAUCAGAGUUUGCCGCAAGAAAUUGCAAGGCACUGCAUGGUUCAGGCCAGGUUAUUGGCAUAUCGAACUGAGGAUCAUAAAACAGGAGUUGGAGCAGUCAUCUGGGCAGAAGGAAAAUCUAGAAGUUGUGAUGGAACAGGAGCAAUGUACUUCAUAGGAUGUGGUUAUAAUGCUUUUCCUGUUGGAUCUGAGUAUGCUGACUUCCCGCACAUGGAUGACAAACAGAAAGACAGAGAAAUAAGGAAAUUCAGAUACAUUGUACACGCAGAACAGAAUGCCUUGACAUUUAGGUGUCAAGAGAUAAAACCAGAAGAAAGAAGUAUGAUUUUUGUGACAAAGUGCCCGUGUGAUGAAUGUGUACCUUUAAUUAAAGGUGCGGGCAUAAAACAAAUCUAUGCAGGGGAUGUAGAUGUUGGAAAAAAGAAGGCAGACAUCUCUUACAUGAGAUUUGGGGAACUUGAAGGUGUUAGCAAAUUUACAUGGCAACUGAAUCCAUCAAGAACUUGUGUUCUUGAGCAAAAUGAGCCUGAAAGCAGAGAGAAUGGUGUGUUGGGACCCAUACCCCGGGAUGAAGAACAGCACCAAAACAAGAAGCUGCGUCUUGCAAACCACUAA